AUGUCGUCGUUUGUCACCGAAGUCCUCGUCAACUCCGGCAGUCUGGAGAAAGAAAAUCUGUCCAGUAAAAUCAGUAAAUUGUCGCGCAAGAUAGAAGAUACCAAGGAAGAAGUAUCUGGCAUGUUAAACAAGCGGUAUAAUGACUUAUUACCGAGUCUACAAGCAUCUGAGGACCUCAUGGUACAGGUCGAUGAGGUUUCCAUAGAGAUGGACACCCUUAAGAAAAUUAUGGAAACAGAGGUUCAACCAAAUAUCAAUGAGGCUGCAGCUGAGUAUACAAAGUUGAAGCAACAGCUGGAGAAGAACACGCUUGUCAUCUCCCUGCUCGGACACCUGAAGGAGUUCCACUAUGCAAUGGAAAAUUCCAACAAAGCCCUUAUGGAAAAGGAGUAUGUUGAUGCUGCUAAUGAGCUGGAAAAGGCAAGGAUGAGCAUGGAGUCCCUCAAAGGCUGGAAGGACACGGAGCUACCACUGCUCAGCGCUCUCCGCUCGGAGUUGACUAUGCAAAGGGAAAACCUUGUGUAUCAUCUGGGAGAUGAAUGGAAGCGCCUCGUCAUUUGGAAAUUACCUCCAUUAAAAGAGCCUACAGAUGUGGCCUUCUUCUUGAAAGUGGAGCUGUGUCUGAGCCAUGCUUCUGAAAAGGACAGUGAAGCACAACCUGAUGUGCUCGCCAAUGUCUUGCAAUCGUUGGCUAUACAGGGAGACCUUCAACACAAGAUCAACCUCUUCAGUCAGGUGUUGCUGAAGUACAUGUUGAAGCCUGUGGUACUACACCCAUCACUGUCUGUGUCAGUGACCGAGCAGCAGGGAAAAGGCGUCGUCCUGACCUUUGAAGAACGGAAGGGGUGUCACGAGGAGCAUACCGCUCCAUCGCAGGUCUAUCGUGAGGUGCUCAUGGUGCUCAAGACGCUUCAUGCAAACCUCCUAGACGUUGCAGUCGGUGAUAAAAAGCUAUCAACCAUCUUCGGGGAGCUUAUAUGGGAGGAGCUUUCCCGCUGCAUCAUCCACGAAUGUCUGCUCUACUCCAUCCCCACCAAGAGCAGCCAGCUGGAAAAAUACAACAAAGUGAUCAAAGAGACGGAAGAGUUCGAGAAGGCUUUAAUCGAGAUGAAGUUUCUGCAGGGCGAGUCCACCAACCUACUGAAAUACGCCCGAGAUGUCAACUGUCACUUCGCCAGCAAGAAGUGCCUGGAUGUUAUCGUGGCAGCACGCAAACUCAUGACAUCUCAAAUGCACAGUACUGUCAAGAUCAUGCCAGAGUCCAAGCUGCGUCUCCCCAAGCUUCCUCCACCCGACGGGUUGCCGCCAGUGAAGAAGGAACACCCCAGCGAGCAAUCUGGCACUGCCACCACCAUGGAGAACGCCAGUCAGCUGUCGGUGUGGAGCAUGUGUCUGCCAGCAUGUCGCAUUAGCGAGUCUGUGCAGCAGCUUAUGGAGCUGGCCCUCAACACGUUGGAGGAGGCUAUCAGAAGCUCCCCUCAGUGUGCAUCCCAACUUUUCUUUACUGUCCGAAAUAUCUUCGAGCUCUUCUACGACGUUGUGCCUACAUAUCACAAGGAGAACUUUCUCAAGUUUCCCCACCUGGCUGCCAUCCAGCACAAUAACUGCAUGUACCUGGCCCACCACUUCCUCACCCUAGGUCACUAUUUUAGACCCCACCUGCCACAGCCCCUCAACCAGGGACUGUCUACCUUUGUCGACAUGGUGCCAGCAUUCAGGAAAUUAGGCGCUCAGUGCUUCUUAGCGCAGAUGAACGUCCAGAAGGGAGAGCUGUUGGAGCGGCUCUCCAGCGCUCACAACUUCUGCAACCUGGACGACGCUGACAACUUUAAAGCGGCCAGCAAGGCCGUGAGACAGGUGAUCCACCAGUUGAAACAGCUGGGGACGGUGUGGCAGGAUGUCCUACCAGCCAGUGUUUACUGCAAAGCCAUUGGCACCCUUCUCAACACAGCCAUCAUGGAAAUGAUUGCCAAGAUUAUGAUGCUAGAGGAUAUUUCUUCGGAGGAAGGCGAGCACCUGCACGCGCUCUGCCAGACGGUCAUCGAGGAAGGCCCGCUAGUCUUUGUACCGCUUACAGACGAACACAAGAACAAGAAGUACCAGGAGGAAGUUCCCCUCUACGUGAAGAAGUGGAGCGCUUUCAAGGAACUAGCCAUCGUACUGCUCGCCAACCUCCAGGAGAUUGUCGACAGGUGGGCAGACAAUAAAGGUCCUCUCGCAUUGGAGUUCACGAGCACUGAGGUGAAGAGUUUAAUCCGAGCCUUGUUCCAGAACACAGACAGAAGAGCCAUAGCUAUGACCAAAAUCAAAUGA